CCGCCAGGACGUCACGAACAAAUAUGGCGACCCUCGCAAGUUUAGUUAGAAGACUCUCUCUUUUUUCGCGAGCUUUUCGCAAUGUCGCGCGAUCCCACAAAGUUUUUACAAGUGAGAGUGCCACAGGAAAAUUCAAAACAAGUAUCAGAUGGUUUGUCACCGGUUCGAUCGCUUUUAUUUUCACACACAAUUAUCGACUAGGCGCCACAGUCUACGCUCUCAAGUCGCGAAAGCAUGAGGAAGAUAUACAGAAAGCUGUCAGACUCACAAUGCGGGAGCGAAGAUUUAUCAAAUUCGCAUCUGUAGAGUUUGAUGGACAACUCUACAUGACACCUCAAGAUUUUCUUGACAGCGUUGUCGAAUCACAGCCAAGACCAAGACACAAAAGGCGUAUAUUAUCCGAGAAGGAACUUGAUGUCAUCAAAAACUCGACCCCCUCAAUGCGCCAUGGAAAUUCACACCUAUUUCGGAAUCUUCGAGACAAAGAACCUCAAAGUGGUUUUCGAAUUGCUUUUAAUAUGUUCGACACAGAUGGAAACGAGAGAGUCGAUAAAACAGAAUUUCUUGUGGUUCGACGACUGUUUGGUGGAACUCUGCAGGAGCGAGAACUCGACGAUCUUACAAAACGUGCUUUACGAGCCUUGGUCGCUCCAAGCGAAGACGCUCUGAAAGCGAAAGCAAAACUUCGUGAGACACAACAUGCCAAAGAAAAUGAAAAGUCAACUUCUUUUAUGGAGAAAAUUUUUAGUCUUGCCUGGAGAGGAAGACAAGGCGAGGAAACAAAAGAAAAUUUAAAUAACUCAACAGAGAAAAACAACACUCCAGAGGAAAUUCAGGGACAAUACAUCGAUGAUGAACAGGGUCUACAACGUCGCCAUGCAGUCGAUACAACGCUAAUGAUUCAUUUUUUUGGUCAAGAUGGCAAAAGUGAAUUAAAAUAUGAGGGCUUCAGACGUUUUAUGGAAAAUCUCCAGCACGAAGUAUUAGAAUUGGAAUUUCACGAAUUUAGCAAAGGCCAUGGCACAAUCUCAGAGAUGGAUUUUGCUAAAAUUCUGUUGAGAUACACUUAUCUCGAUACGGAUGAGUAUGAUAAAUACUUGGACAGAUUAUUGGAUCGUUCGAAUAAUACAUUGGGAAUAAAUUUCACGGAAUUUCAAGUAUUUUAUCAAUUUUUAAACAAUUUGGAGGAUUUUUCAAUCGCUAUGAGGAUGUACACUCUGGCAGAUCAACCAAUUUCCAAAGAUGAAUUUUCAAGAGCCGUAAAAAUUUGCACCGGAACUCAGGUAUCUUCUCACAUUAUUGAUACAGUAUUUGCAAUUUUUGAUGUUGAUGGAGACGGUCAGUUAUCGUACAAAGAAUUUAUAGCAAUUAUGAAGGAUAGACUUCACAGAGGAUUUAAGUCUCAAUCGAGAAAUGAAGGUUGGGAUGCGAUGAAGUAUUGCAUUCGGCAAGAAAUGAAAGCACCUUAAAAAUUUGCAACUUCUUUCUUCUUUUUAUAAACCUGAUCCUAUGGAUUGGCCAGUAUAAUAUUAAGUUUAUUAUUACUAAUUUUUUUUAAUGCUCGUUACAUGUUACCAGAAUUUUUUAAAAACUACUUUUGUGCAUUUAAAUAAUUGAAAUGGAUUACAUAGAAUUAAGGCAUUGUCGUUAAAGAAGUCCUACGAAGCUAUGAGAGAUUAUUAUAUUUAUUGCGACCUAAUUUAUUUCAAGAUAACGAAAAACGACUGUAUGUGAUAAAAGGCAGGAAGAAAUAAACAAUCGUUUAAAUUUUUA